AAGUCUCACCUGCGGGAACCGACAACCAUGUAAUGGAAUCAUUUUGGGCGUGAAAAAUGAGCUCCACUGUAUUAUUUAAUGAGGCACUGAGGUGUUGUUUUGAAAGGUUUCUAUCUCUGCACACACACACAGGUAGCUGCUGUUGGUCUCUGCUGCAGAUCACUUGAGGUGUCAAGAAUUUACUGCAAAUUUCCAAAAGCACCUGUUGAGAGCGGGUCAGAUGCAGCCGUUGUCAUAGUGACGACCCUGUCAGUUACCUGAGUUGGUGCUGGCGACGUGGAUCCACAGGACAGCCAACCUGCUGAAGACACAGACUGGGAAAACGCUGCAGAGGACGGACACCUUUUAAUUUUACCAUGCCGAGAAAAAAGGAUACGGAUGAUAUUAACAUAGAGAUGGACGCAGAUGACAGUGACAGUGAUGAUGGCGGCAACAACAAGAGGACAAACAACAGGAGGCAGGGAGCUGGAAGAGGAGGUGCAAGGGGAAGAGGCCGGGGUAAAAAACCUGCCAGUGAGGAGGAAGACGAGGAUGAUGAAGAUGAAUCCCCCAGGGGACGCAGGGGAGCAAACAAGAAGAAGCCCGUCAAGAAACGUGGCGGUCGCAACGUGAAAGAUGACGAUGACAGCGAGGACGAGGCUCCAAAGAAAGGUCGAAAAGGAGCAGCCAAUAAGAAGAAAGGAGGCAAAGCUCAGGACAGUGAUGACGAUGACAGUGAUGCGGGGAAAGGGAAGAAGGGAAAGAGGGGAGGAAAAAAAGGAGGGAAGGAUGAAGAGAGUAAGGGUAAGAAGGGGGAUGCCAAAGGGAAGGACAAGGGGAAAGACAAUGACAAUGAAAAGAAGAAGAAGAAGAAAAAGGACGACAGUUCUGAUUCUGAUUCCAACACCAACUCUGAAGAGGAGGAGUCCAUGUCGGAGGGAGAGAUGGCCCGGCUGAUGGAGGAGGUGGAGGAGAAGAAGAAACUGAUCGCCACCAUCAGGAACAAGCCUUGGAGGAUGAAACGGAGGCUUGUACACCUGAAGGAGGCUCAAGAAUUCGUUGAUAAGUUUGAAGGAGCUUUGGGCAAAGGAAAAGGCAGGAAGUGGUACGCCUACAAAGUGAUGAUGAAAAAGAAAUGGAUCAAGUUCUCAAGGGAUUUUGAGAACUUCAGAACGGCCUGUAUCCCCUGGGAGAGGAAGAUUAAAGAGGUGGAGAGUCACUUUGGGUCAUCUGUGGCUUCUUACUUCAUUUUCCUGCGCUGGAUGUACGGCAUGAACCUGGUCCUUUUUGGUUUCACUUUUGGACUGGUGGUCAUCCCUGAGGUUCUGAUGGGCCUUCCCUAUGGCUCCAUUCCCAGGAAGACUGUCCCGAGAGCAGAUCAGGACACCGCUCAGGACUACUCUGUCCUCAUGGAUUUCCAAGGUUACUGCAAGUACUCAAUCAUGUUCUACGGAUACUACAACAACCAGAGGACCAUCGGCCUGCUGAAGUUCAGGCUGCCACUCUCCUACCUCAUGGUCGGGAUCGGCACCUUCGGAUACAGCCUGAUGGUCGUGAUCCGCACAAUGGCCAAGAACGCUGAUGUCGGUGGAGGAGACGGAGACGAAGGAGAGUUCACGUUUGCCUGGAAGAUGUUCACCAGCUGGGAUUACCUCAUAGGCAACUCAGAGACCGCUGACAACAAAUACGCCUCCAUCACCACCAGCUUCAAGGAGUCCAUUGUAGACGAGCAGGAGAACCAGAAGGAUGAGAACAUUCACCUGCGGAGGUUCCUCAGAGUCCUGGCUAACCUCAUGAUCCUGUGCAGCCUCGGAGGCAGCGGGUACCUCAUCUACUUUGUAGUGAAGAGGUCUCAGGAGUUCGCCAACAGGGACGACCUCAGCUGGUACGAGAAGAAUGAGUUGGAGCUCAUCAUGUCUCUGCUGGGUCUGGUGUGUCCUCCUCUGUUUGAGACUAUCGCUGAGCUGGAGGACUACCAUCCUCGAAUCGCCCUCAAGUGGCAGCUCGGACGCAUCUUCGCCCUUUUCUUGGGGAACCUGUACACCUUUCUGUUCGCCCUGUUUGACGAGGUCAACACCAAGCUGGAAGAAGAGGGGGCCAUUAGGAACGCUAGCCUCUGGGCCAUGAAGGAGUACUACGCCAACUACACGCUCUUCCUAAACGACUCCAACUUAACCCCCCCUCCUAUGCCCCCUGCUGAUGUCAUCAGAGGACCCUGCUGGGAGACUGCUGUCGGAAUAGAGUUUGUGAAGCUGACAGUGUCGGACAUCCAGGUGUCCUACCUGACCAUCUUGAUAGGAGACUUUGCUCGAGCGGUCAUCGUUCGCUUCCUCAACUACUGCUGGUGCUGGGACCUGGAGGCUGGAUUUCCUUCAUAUGGAGAGUUUGACAUCAGUGGUAAUGUACUUGGUUUGGUCUUCAACCAAGGGAUGAUCUGGAUGGGUGCGUUUUACGCUCCUGGGCUGGUGGGCAUCAACGUGCUGCGCCUCCUCAGCUCCAUGUACUACCAGUGUUGGGCUGUAAUGGCCACCAAUGUCCCCCACGAGAGAGUCUUCAAAGCCUCCAAGUCCAACAACUUCUACAUGGGUCUGCUGCUCCUCAUCCUCUUCCUCAGUCUGCUACCUGUCGUCUACACCAUCAUGACCCUGCCCCCUUCAUUCGACUGCGGACCCUUCAGUGGCAAGCCCAAGAUGUUUGAUGUUAUCAUGGAAACGAUCGACCUGGACCUUCCAGCCUUCUUGGGGACGCUUUUCAGCUACGCAGCCAACCCAGGACUCAUCAUACCAGCUGUACUGCUCAUGGUACUGGCCAUCUACUAUCUGAACUCAGUGUCUGAGGCCUAUCAAAACGCCAACAUGGAGCUGAAGAAGAAGAUGCAGAUGGCUCGAGAUGAAGAGAAGAACCGGAGGAACAACACAGACAGCACAAACCAGGUGAUGAAAGACCUGGAGGACCUGCUGCCCAAAGGGUCCCUCAUGGCUCCACCAGAGCCUGAAAAACCACCAGAACCGGAAUCAAGGUUAACUAAGACCAAGCCAGGGUCAGCGGGUAAAGGCGUUAAUCUGGAGAAAGAUGUGGCUCUGGCAUCGCCCAACCCCAACGCUCGAGGGCCGGUGAACCGUUCUCCUGGGCCGAGGGGAGCUGGACCGGGUCAGGGUCCUGGACGGGGUCAGGGUCCUGGUCCUGGGCGGGGUCAGGGUCCUGGACGGGGUCCUGGUCCUGGACGGGGUCAGGGUCCUGGACGGGGUCAGGUUCCUGGACGGGGUCAGGUUCCUGGGGGUCCUGGACGAGGUCGAGGUAGAGGGCCCCCUCCGAGAUAACAGUGUGAAAAACCAUUCCUGAAGGCUGUGUACAUGCCUCAGUUGAUUUUACAGCAUGAGACUUAAACAGGCACAAGGUGUUGACACUAAGUGGCAUUUCAGUGACAAAGACCUUCAUUUGGUCUGCAUAUUUCCUUACUGACAUCAAAAGUUCAAAGAAUACUGAAGGUCAUUUUUGAAGAAUACAGCUCUAUAAAAUGUUGCUAUCUUGAGCAACCCAUGAUUUGCUAUAGUUUCUGCCCUUGUGGGUCUAAAGUCAGGCAGACACUGUGCUUUUCGUUAAGCUUGUAUGUCUUGUACAGAAAUUCCCAGAUUGCAUUUUGGUCAAUGUGUUCAGUAUUGCUCUCCAAACGGACUGAAGCCUGCAUUCAACCGAUGCCUGCUCAAACAGAAUUGGUCAAUACUUCUCAAAAUGUAAACAGAAACCAGAGCGCUGUGGAUACAUACAUCUUGUCCACCUUGCCUACUAUUUAUAGAGAUGUUUAAACCACAGUGGGUAAAAUAUUAGCGUCCAUACAGUGUCUGCCUGGCUUUAGGAUAUCUGUUGGAUACAACUUGUCUUAACUUGGGUAGCUACUGGUGAGGUUAUCUGUGGUCUAACAUUAUUCUCAUAUAUCAAGAUAACUCCUUAUGUAUCCGGUGACAUUUACAAUACUGUACAUACAGAAACAUGUUAUUUAGUGAUAAUGUGUACUCAGGCUGUUUUGUUUUGUUUUACAUGUACACUGACUUUGUAAUUCAUGGUAUG